AUGGUGACCCAGCGGGGCUUCAUGGAACCCAGAGACCAUUAUGACUCUGUGGGGCCUGAUGGAACCAUGGAGACCAUUGUGACCCUUCAGGGCCUCGUGUCACCAAGGGGGCAUUAUGACACCUCAGAGAUUUGCCUCCUGACCAUCAUGUGCUACGACCGCUACGUGUCCAUCUGCAAACCCCUGCACUACGGGACCCUCCUGGGCAGCAGAGCUUGUGCCCACAUGGCAGCAGCUGCCUGGGCCAGUGCCUUUCUCAAUGCUGUGGUGCACACAGCCAAUACAUUUUCCCUGCCCCUGUGCCGUGGCAAUGCCCUGGGCCAGUUCUUCUGUGAAAUCCCACAGAUCCUCAAACUCUCCUGCUCCAAAUCCUACCUUAGGGAUUUUGGGCUGCUUGCUGUUAGUGCCUAUUUAUCAUUUGGUUGUUUUGUGUUCAUUGUUUUCUCCUAUAUGCAGAUCUUCAGGGCUGUGCUGAGGAUCCCCUGUGAGCAGGGACGGCACAAAGCUUUUUCCACCUGCCUCCCUCACCUGGCCGUGGUCUCUCUUUUCUAUAGCACUGGCACAUUUGCCUACCUGAAGCCCCCCUCCAUUUCCUCCCCAUCCCUGGAUCUGGCCCUGUCAGUUCUGUACUCAGUGGUGCCUCCAGCCCUGAACCCCCUCAUCUACAGCCUGAGGAACCAGGAG